GCAUAUGGCGCACCUUCAAUCCGGCCAUGUAGGCGCCAGUAAUGCCCAUGGAGCAUGCCAGUAUCCGUUCCCUCUGCUCUCAAACUGUAGAGUUCAUGCUUCCCACGCCAUGUCAAGGCAAUUCAGACCUUGCUGCGAAGCAGAAUAAUUGAGCGCAUGUCGAAAAUUGAUAACGCAUGCCCGCAACACAUACCGGCGUUAUAAACCGCACCCUCUCUGGACGCGCCCAUUGUCGAAUGAGACCAAGCCUAUAUGACGCCCUCGGCCUUGCCGAGCAUCAAAUCUGUGAGCUGUCCACCGAGGCCUCUAUCGCGCUGGCGUCGGCUGGGGCUCCUCGACAACAACAUGCGCGCGUACCGCGACCUUCACGCCAGUGCUCGGCAAGCUGUCCAAGAAGCAGUCGCCAGCUCCCGAUGAUCAUGUCAACAUACAAGAGAUCAGUGAGGGGCGGGACUGAGCCAGGCGCUGUGUAACAGCGGGAGCACGCGCUCGUGCAUAACUUAACAACAAUGAGUGAUGGCUGCGAAGCUUAUCCCAGGGAGGGCAGCGAGGGCACCUAGGUUGUGCUUGAGACCGACCCCUUCCACCUUCCGUCUCGCGCCCCUUGAGUACAGUGUGUGGUCUCUGGCUUGAUAAAAAUAGAAUGUUGACUCUGUCCUCGCCGCGCAAAGAUUGGGAUUAGCUGUUCGAAAGUACAGCGCGAAACGUACGGCAAAAGCGUAUAGGCCGCCGCCAGCAGCGCCCCACCCGUCCCAUCCCUUCGAACUAAGAUCUCAAUUCAAAGCGUCCGCCUUCGUUGUGUAUAAACCGACCGUGUGCUGGUAUGACUUUAUUAGAGAGAGGGUUCGAUAUCA